UCUUAUUAAUUUUAGAGAUGUUUCUGAAAAUGGUGGAAAUCUGAGAGAAAUUGAGAAAUGGGUUCGGUGAAGAAGACGAUGAAGUCGAAAACCCAGAUUUUGUUUUGUGUGUUCUUGUACUGUUGGAUUGGUUUUUGUACUGAGUGUUCUGCUGCUGCGUUUAGUGAAGAAGCUUUGGCUUUGGUUUCGUUUAAAUCAGGGCUUGUUGAUCCGUUGAAGUGGCUUAGAGAUUGGAAGCUGGGCGAUGGAGAUGGUAGAUUUGCAGGGCACUGUAACUGGACUGGAGUUUCUUGCAACUCGGAUGGAGCAGUUGAGAAACUGAGCCUUUCUCGUAUGAAUCUCAGCGGCAUUUUGUCGAACGACUUGCCUACACUAACAAGGCUCAGUUUUCUUGACUUGAGUUGCAAUGAAUUCUCCUCUUCUUUGCCAAAAUCUAUUGGAAAUCUCACUUCCUUGACGAGUUUUGAUGUGAGUCAAAACUCUUUUGUUGGUGAGAUUCCGGCGGGGUUUGGGGAGAUGGUUGAAUUGAAGAACUUCAAUGCCUCAAGCAAUAAUUUCUCUGGUUUAAUCCCUGAAGAUCUUGGAAAUGCAACUCAGCUGGAGAUUUUGGAUCUCCGAGGGAGUUUUCUUGAAGGGUCAAUUCCUGUAUCUUUCAAGAACUUGCAGAAGUUGAAGUUUCUUGGACUUUCUGGGAACAGUCUCACCGGUAGAAUCCCGGUCGAGAUCGGUCAGAUGUCGUCGUUAGAGACGGUUAUUAUUGGAUACAACAAGUUUGAAGGAGGGAUUCCGUCAGAAUUUGGAAAUCUCACCAAUCUGAAGUAUCUUGAUUUGGCUGUCGGAAAACUUGGUGGUGGCAUUCCAGCUGAGCUUGGGAGGCUUAAACAGCUUGAGACAUUGUUCCUUUAUAAGAACGAAUUCGAAUCGCGAAUUCCUUCGUCGAUCGGCAAUGCUACUUCAUUAGUGUUUCUUGAUCUUUCAGACAACAAAUUGACAGGGGAAAUCCCUGCUGAGGUUACUGAAUUGAAGAACUUGCAGCUGCUGAAUCUAAUGUGUAACAAGCUGUCUGGUGAAGUACCUCCAGGGAUUGGAGGGUUAACAAAAUUACAGGUUCUAGAGCUAUGGAACAACUCCUUUUUGGGCGAAUUACCGGGUGAUCUCGGUAAGAACUCGGAGUUGGUUUGGUUGGAUGUCUCAUCCAAUUCAUUCUGUGGUCCGAUUCCUCCUUCGUUAUGCAAUUGGGGUAAUCUAACCAAGCUUAUCCUUUUCAACAAUGCCUUUUCGGGUCCGAUUCCGAUUGGAUUAUCAACGUGUUCAUCACUCGUUCGUGUUCGAAUGCAGAACAAUUUUGUAUCUGGUACAAUCCCAGUUGGUUUUGGGAAGCUUGGGAAGCUUGAAAGGCUAGAAUUAGCAAAUAAUAGUCUCAUUGGUAGCAUCCCAAGUGAUAUUUCAUCUUCUAAAUCCCUUUCUUUUAUUGAUCUCUCUGAAAAUAGCCUCCAUUCUCCUCUUCCUUCCUCAAUUCUUUCCAUUCCAAAUCUUCAAACCUUUAUAGUCUCUGAUAAUCAUUUAGAAGGUGAAAUCCCAGACCAGUUCCAGGAGUGUCCUGCACUUUCUGUUCUUGAUCUCUCUUCAAACCAUUUCACAGGCAGCAUUCCGGAAAGCAUUGCUUCAUGUGAGAGAUUGGUAGCUCUGAAUCUCAGAAACAAUCAAUUAACUGGAGAAAUCCCAAAACAGAUUGCAAAUAUGCCUUCAUUGGCGGUUCUUGAUCUAUCCAACAACUCUCUUACAGGUAGAAUACCGAAUAAUUUCGGUAUCUCUCCCGCGCUUGAAUCGUUUAAUGUAUCGUACAAUAAGCUCGAGGGUCCAGUGCCAUUAAAUGGUGUGUUAAGAACAAUCAAUCCAAGUGAUCUUCAGGGCAAUGCUGGUUUAUGUGGAGCUGUCCUACCUCCAUGUUCACCAAAUUCAGCAUUCACAUCAGGGCACAGGAACUCACGCUCGACGCACAUUAUCGCCAGUUGGGUCAUCGGAAUAUCGUCUGUUUUAGCAAUAUGUAUCGCUCUCUUUGGUGUUCGAUCAUUGUACAAGAGGUGGUACUCGACUGGAAGUUGCUUUGAAGGGCGAUAUGAAAUGGGUGGCGGAGAUUGGCCAUGGAGAUUGAUGGCAUUCCAAAGGCUUGGAUUCACAAGUACUGAUAUUUUGGCUUGCAUUAAGGAAUCAAAUGUGAUUGGAAUGGGAGCGACUGGGAUUGUUUAUAAAGCUGAAAUGCCACAGAUAAAGACAGCUGUGGCUGUAAAAAAGCUAUGGAGAUCAGAACCAGAUCUUGAAAUGGGAAGCAGUGAAGGUCUAGUAGGAGAAGUGAAUUUAUUGGGGAAGUUAAGGCACAGGAACAUAGUUCGAUUACUCGGGUUUAUGCACAACGAUGUCGAUGUAAUGAUCGUCUACGAGUUUAUGCAAAAUGGAAGCCUUGGAGAAGCCUUGCAUGGUAAACAAGCAGGGAGGCUGCUUGUGGACUGGGUUUCAAGAUACAACAUAGCAAUUGGAGUGGCACAGGGUUUAGCUUAUCUCCACCAUGAUUGCGACCCACCCAUCAUUCAUCGCGACGUUAAGCCAAACAAUAUACUUCUAGAUUCAAAUCUCGAAGCACGGUUAGCUGAUUUCGGGUUGGCGCGAAUGAUGGCUCGUAAGAACGAGACGGUUUCAAUGGUAGCUGGAUCGUAUGGCUACAUUGCCCCCGAAUAUGGAUACACUUUAAAGGUGGAUGAAAAGAUCGACAUUUACAGCUACGGAGUUGUUCUUUUGGAGCUGUUGACGGGGAAGAAGCCAUUAGAUUCCGAGUUCGGAGAAUCGGUGGACAUUGUUGAAUGGAUUAGAAGGAAGGUUAGAGACAACAGACGUUUAGAAGAAGCAUUAGAUCCAAAUCUGGGAAAUUUCAAGCAUGUUCAAGAAGAAAUGCUGUUUGUGCUUAGAAUUGCUCUUCUCUGCACUGCAAAGCAUCCAAAAGACAGGCCUUCCAUGAGAGAUAUAAUAACAAUGCUUGGAGAAGCAAAACCAAGGAGAAAAAGCAACAGUAAUGGCAAUGAAGGAUUUGGAACUAACAAAGACAAAGAGAAGCCAGUUUUCAACACCUCCCCUGUAAAUGGCCUUCUCUAGAAGGAACAACAAUGGAGGAGUUUCUGUACUGAAAAUUGGCCUUAAAAAAUCCCCACCCUCUGUGUUUUAAUCCUUUUUUACUCCCUUUUCCUUAAUUAAUUGUAAUGAUUGGCUCAUUUGUUGGGUGUGUACAAGAGCAGAUGAUGUAUAGUAUAAAUUACAUGUCUGCCAUUAGAAUUAACUGAAAAUGGAAAGGCUUGUAUAACAAAUAAUAUUUGAAGUUUCAAGCUAUAUAUGUAUAAGCAAUACAAGCA